ACGUCACGUGGAACUCCUCUUAUAUAAGCGCCAGGGUAUUGCUCCUUGUGAACAGUACGACCUCUGCGACGCUGGUGGAUUCGUCGCUGUGACCAUAAUUGCAUUUGGUUCCUUGAGGAAUAUCUAGAUUUGCCUCGCAAAGAUGGGGCUGCCUUUGGUGCUGUUGCCCUUACUGCUGGGUGCUCUGCCACAUACCUACGCAGCUCUCAAUUCCUGCUCGUACAAGGGGCAGACGGUGGCUCACGGGUCAGUGAUGUUCUCAGUGGCCACCAAGUGUAUGCAGGUUGUGUGUGACAAUGGAUCACCUGCACCCAAGUCUUUCCAUGGGGCGGACACUUGUGGCUGUUGUGAGUUCGGGAAUGUUAUAUAUCCUCCCGGCCGGGUAUUCCUGGCUGGCUGCGUUAAGAUGACCUGCGAGAAGGCCAAAUGGAAGGCUGUAGGGGAAGUGGAGAAGAGAUGUAAGUUGUGUGAGGUGUUCAAUGAUCCUCACUUCUGGUCAUUUGAUCGACAGAGGUUCGACUACCACGGGGAUUGUACAUACACCCUCGCUCAGAAUUAUUUCAGCUUGACACCUCAAUAUGGAAUUUUCGCAGAGUUCAAGCGGUGUUACACUGUACCGACGUGCGUCCACAAGACCACUUAUCAGGACAACCCCAACCUCUCCAUCGAGAUCGGUGCUACUGGCCUCGCUGCUCCCGAUAUUUACAACAUACUGGUCAACGGCCAGAAGACCACAGUCACCGCUGAUGAUUAUGCUCAGAAAGUGACUGUGGGAGGCGUCGAGCAGGACGUCUUGGUGUGGCGUCAAGGGGCGUGUGUGAGGGUACUCGGAUCUAAAGGACUUGUGCUUCAGCAGUGCAAAAAUCGCAUUGACGUCUGGGCACACCCUAAACUGUCCGGUAUAGUCCAUGGAUUGUGUGGUACUCCCGACGGUAAUGCAAACAACGAGUUCACCACCCGAGACCAAGGGCAACUCCCACACCAACAUUACGCACCAGAGGAGUUCGCUCAGUCCUGGCUGUCAGGGAAACAGAACGAUCAAGAGUGCACGAAAGACGGAGGGAAGAAGGCCGCAGCACUCAAUGAGGAAGCUAAGAAAAUUGUGAACGAGUGUAGGGGAAAUAGAGUUAACUGGACCCACUUUGCAGACAAGUGCACUCAAGCUGUCGGUGGAGCCAAAGUAAAUGGACAGGGACCCACCCAGGACCUGACCGUAGCUCUAUCAGAUGCAUGUAGGGACGACCUGUGUAUAAUCAGCAAGAAGACACCUGCACCAGAGAAAGCAACGCAGGCCUGGCUAGGGGAAGUGACCAAUAUGUCUGCUGAGCGCGUCUUUAUAGAGCAAAUGGCAACAGUGUGUGAUCCAGAUAAGGGCGAGUGUGUUGACAUCGGGCCACCACCCAAGGAAUGUAUUGGCGAGAAGUGUUACAUAGACCUGAUCUUCAACCCCGGUGACUUCGAUGGCACUUAUACAUAGUCACACACACACACACACACACACACACACCCACACACGUAUGUUCACUUUAUGUUCAUUUUCCUUUUUGCAAUAAAAGCUUUUGUUAUACAGCCACUCCCCUGUGCCACUGUAUGUAAUAAGUCAACUCUGCUUAGUAUGUAUUUUCAUUCUUUUGACUUCAAUACAUUUGUCAAUAAGUCGUUAUUUAAUAAUAUUAUUGAAGUAUAUUCUAUCGAGUCGUAUAUAUUGAAACUACGACUUUUUUCAUUUUUGUAUUUUUUUGGACGAAAUUGUAUGUUUGUGUCAGCUCUACGGCCUGAGAACAUUAAGAGUGAUAUGUUUAGAUAGUCAGAAACCUUUGUUUUCAGUUUGCCUGAGUUAUACAGUACACAUACAGGUUCACUUAAAAUUGCAUUCUUUAAUGUGUUGAUCUAGUGCGGGGAUUGAGAAAUAAAGGAUAUAAAAAUCA